AAUGGCGUAACGAAACCGCGCGGCAUCUGUCCACGUCAGUUCGCGUGGUGCCCGCGUCGCACAGUUUUUUUCUGGACGUGACACGCGAACGGCGGUCCGCUCGAAAGCUCGUGGCGAUUGAUGAGGAAAACAUUCACGCAGAUGACAAGCCACCUGGACAUUUCCUAGCGUAAACGAGGCAACGAAGAUGCAUUGGACGCUGUGCGCGCUGAUAAUCGGGUCGUUCGGGUGCAAAUAUCUCCUCGUCCAGGCGCAACGGGUCCCGCCGGGCGUGCCGCCUCAGCAUUAUCAGCAGCCCAUGCAAGUGCCGCAACAUGCGCAGCAAAUGCCACAACACCCGCAGCAAGUGCCACAGCAACAGUAUCAAGUGCCGGCGCAGCAGCAGGUUCCUGUUCAGCAGCAAGUACCGAUGCAGCAAGUACCUGUGCAACAGCAGGUGCCCAUGCAGCAGCAAGUGCCUGUGCAGCAGCAAGUACCUGUGCAGCAACAGAUGCCUGGUCACCAAGCUCACGGGCAACCGCAUGGGCAACCACAUGGGCAUGGUCACGGGCCACCUCAGUUACUUAACACUGCCAACAUAGCUCAUGAGAAAGAUCACAUCGCUGAGCAUGCUGACGUUCCAAUAGAUACCAGCAAGAUGACGGAUCAGGAGCUGCAGUUUCACUAUUUCAAAAUGCACGAUGCAGAUAAUAACAAUAAGUUAGACGGUUGUGAGCUGAUCAAGUCUCUUAUACAUUGGCAUGAACAAGGUAGUUCGGAGUCUGGUGCAGAGGGCGAAAAAUUGUUCAAGGAUGAGGAAUUAGUGCAAUUGAUAGACCCGAUACUUAGCAUGGACGACAGUAAUAACGACGGCUAUAUCGAUUACCCAGAAUUUAUUCGGGCCCAACAAAACGCAGCUAGUUCGCGUACAUAGUGGUGAACCGAAAUUUACUAUGAACUACGAUUAAAAGGAAUUGCGCGAGAUCGAAGGGACAUGCAGAGAAUGUUGAAUUUUCAUUAUGAAUGUUUUAUUGAUGCAUUAUUGUUUAUCCUGUGUGCAUGAGGCAAAAUUGGUGUGAUUCAUUCUUAUUCGAAUAAAUUAAAAACUAAGAAAUAGAUAAAUAUAAAAAAAAGGAGGGAACUUUUUUUAUAUCAGUGUUAUACACGUAUGGACAACAUAUGAUUUAAGCGAUUUUAUAAUUGAGCAUAUAUUGUACAUUUACAGAAAUAAUUGAGGGGUAAAAUUCCUCCUGAUUAUUUAUGCUCAACGAGAUUAGUUUCACGAUGAAAGUAUUUACUGCGUAUCAUUGUGUAAAGAUGGUCGUAAUGUUCUAUCGUUACUAAACUAAGUUUUUUGAUAUACCAGAAGACUAUUUUUAAACGAGAAUAAUUUAUAGAAUAUCUCGGGCUUUGUUAAUAAAUAAAAUGUUCAUU